UUUCCUUCUUGUUGGUGUUAGUGACAGCCGACACUAAAACAAAGAGAUAGUCCUCCAUAUUAUUAUUCUUCACCAACUUCCAUUUCUUCUCUGUUCUCAUGGCUCAUCAAUCACCUUCCUCUCCCUUCUUCUUUGAGUGUGCGUGUACCUACGAUGUAUUCCUCAGUUUUAAAGGCACUGAUACUCGCUUCGGUUUCAGUGGCAAUCUUCACAAAGCUCUUUCUGAUAAGGGAAUAAACACCUUCAUUGAUGAUAAGGAGCUUCAAAGUGGUGACGAAAUCACACCAUCACUUGUUAAGGCUAUUGAAGACUCGAGGAUUUUCAUCCCAGUGUUGUCUAUUAAUUAUGCUUCUUCUUCAUUUUGUUUAGACGAACUUGUCCACAUGAUUCACUGCUCCAAGGAAAAUGGUCGUCUGGUUUUGCCUGUUUUCUAUGACGUGGAUCCUUCUCAUGUGAGACAUCAGACCGGAAGCUAUGGCAAAGCUAUGUCUAAACAUAAAAAAAAGUUUACAAAAUACAAGAAACAGUACACGCAACCCAUUCAUAUCAUUCUCAUACUCUUCUUACUUGCUCUAGCUCUUCUCUAUUCUCAUGGCUCAACCAUCACCUUAUUUUCCUCCCUCUUAUUUCUCCUCGUCUUUUUUCUCCAAAAUGCCAAGAAAGUUUAUACCGGUGAUAUGAAUAGGUUGGAAAAAUGGAAGAUAGCUCUUAACCAAACAGCUAACUUAUCAGGCCAUCAUUUCAAUCCAAGGAACAAAUAUGAGCACGAGAUUAUUGAGAAGAUAGUCAAACAAGUUUUCAACAAGAUAUAUCGUGCUCGUCUCCAUGUUGCCAAUUACCCGGUUGGACUGGAGUCUCGAGUGCUUCACGUGAAAUCACUGAUGGAUGUUGGAUGUGAUCGUGGAGUCUAUAUGGUGGGGAUUUAUGGGAUAGGAGGGAUGGGCAAAUCAACACUUGCAAGAGCAACUUUUAAUUUCAUUGCUGAUCAAUUUGAAUGCUUGUGUUUUCUUCAUAAUAUUAGAGAAAAUUCAGAUCAAAAUGGUUUAAAGUAUCUCCAGGAGGAGCUCCUUUCCAAAACAGUUGGACUGGAUCUUAUGUUGGGAGAUGUAAGUGAGGGGAUUCCGAUCAUAAAGAAAGCACUAGGCCAAAAGAAGGUUCUUUUAGUUCUUGAUGACAUUGACAAACCCGAGCAGUUGUGGGCUUUGGCCGGAGAACUUGAUUGGUUCGGUCAAGGUAGCAGAGUCAUCAUUACUACUCGAGACAAACGCUUGCUAUCUUGUCACAUGAUUAAAAGAACAUGUGAAGUAGAUGGGUUGGAUGAGGAAGAAGCUUUUGAACUGUUGAGGUGGAUGGCAUUUAAAACUGAAAAUGUUGAUUCAAGGUAUGCAAAUGUUUUAAAUCGCGCAGUAACUUAUGCUUCUGGUCUUCCAUUAGCUCUAGAAGUAGUGGGUUCCAACUUGUUUGGAAAAUGUAUACAAGAAUGGAAAGAUUUAUUGGAUGAGUAUGAAAAGAUUCCCAAUAAAGAUAUCCAUGAGAUACUUAAAGUAAGCUUUAACAAUUUGAAGGAAAUGGAGCAAAGUGUUUUUCUCGACAUUGCUUGUUGUUUCAAAGGAUAUGAUUUGGUAAAGGUUCAAGAGAUACUUCUUGCUCAUUAUGGUUGCUGCAAGAAGCAUCAAAUUGAAGUGUUAGUUCAAAAAUCACUCAUUAAGUUUAGCUUGUUUAGUACUGUCACAUUACAUGACUUGAUUGAAGAUAUGGGUAAAGAAAUUGUCCGACAAGAAUCACCUCAAGAACCUGGGAAACGCAGCAGAUUGUGGUUUUAUGAAGAUAUAGUUCAUGUUUUAGAACAAAAUACUGGAACAAAUCGAAUUGGAAUCAUAUAUCUGAAUUUCCCAUCAUUUGAAGAAGAUAUAGUAGAAUGGGAGGGAGAUGAGUUGAAGAACAUGAAAAACCUCAAAACACUUAUUAUAAAAAAUGGUUUCUUUUGUAAAGGUCUGAAGCAUCUUCCAAACAGUUUAAGAGUACUAGAUUGGUGUAAAUAUCCUUCAGUAGAUAUACCAUCCAAUUUUUGUCCCAAGAAACUUUCCAUAUGCAAACUGAGUGAAGGUUACCUAACAUCAUUUGAGUUAUCAAGAACAUUGAAGGGGUUCUUGAAUAUGACAGAGUUAAAUUUAGAAAGUUGUCGAUCUUUAACAUGCAUUAAUGAUGUAUCUGGUCUCCCAAAUUUAGAAAAAUUCAUAUUUCAAAAUUGCGAGAAUUUAGUUGCAAUUCAUCCUUCUGUUGGGUUUCUGAAUAAACUAAAAAUAUUGAAUGCUGAGGGUUGCAGCAAACUUAGAACUUUUCCUCCCAUAAAGUUGGCUUCUCUUCAAGUGUUGAGACUUCAAUAUUGUAAAAAUCUCAAGAGAUUUCCAGAAAUAUUACAAGUGAUGGAGAACAUAGAAGCCAUAGUUUUGGAGGGCACUUCCAUUGAAGAACUGUCAUUUUCAUUUCAAAAUUUCACCGGGCUAUGUACACUACGAAUAUGGGGAAAUGGAAUGCUUACAUUACCAAGUAGCAUUCUCAUGCUACCAAGUUUGUCCUGGAUUAUGGUUGAGGAUUGUAUAUUCUUGCCAAUAAAAAAUGAUAAACUGAUGAACCCAAAAGUGUCUUCAAAUGUACAAAAUCUCAUCCUCCAAAAUUGCAACAUAUCAGAUGCAUUUCUUUCGAUAAUUAUCAAGUGGUUUGCUAAUUUGAAAUAUUUAGACCUAUCAAGGAAUGAUUUCACAGUUCUUCCCGAAUGCCUCGUAGAAUGUAGCUUUUUAAGUAGCAUCGUUUUGGAUGGUUGCAAGUUUCUUAAGGAAAUUAGAGGGAUUCCGCCGAGUCUAAACACAUUAUCUGCAUUACAAUGUGAAUCCUUGAAUUCCUCAACUAGAAGCAUGCUACUGAACAAGAAAUUACAUGAGGCUAGACACACAAAUUUUUGUAUUCCAAGGGGGAGUGAGGGGAUUCCAAAGUGGUUCGAGCAUAAAAGUAGAGGCAUUGAGAGGGUUCCGCAGUGGAUCGAGAACGAUAACAGAGGACUAACAAUGUCUUUCUGGGUUCGGAACUGGUUCCCUUCCAUAACUUUCUUCUUUUCGACUAAAUGGAUGCAUAACAAGGGCCCUAUCAUUAAGGAUCUUGAUGUAGAAUUUGAUCUGUCGGUCAAUGGCCACGCUUGUUCCGGGCUAAAACUCUGGAUCCAUUCGACACAUGUAUUUCAACUUAAUCUGAAUUGCGGAAAACCUAUACUGGACAGAGAACAAUGGAUCCAUGUCGAGCUCGAGGUGAAGUGUACUCUGACAUCGAGAUAUCUUAAUGACGAGGUAAUGAAAUCAAUCAGCACAGAAAUGGGAAUUCACAUGUUGAAGGAGAAAAGCAUACUUGAGGAUAUCAAAUUCACUAAUCCUUAUAGAAAGAGAAAAUUAGAUGAAUAUCUCAACAAUUCACAAUCACAGUUCCACCCACUGCUGAAAAAGAAAAGAUUGAUAUACAACAAGGGAUGCAUAUCAUGAUUUGCAUCCCUUAUUGUAUUCUUUUAGCUCCGACUUAAUAAUUUACUUUAUGAUUAAGCCAUCAGGGGAAGAGGGACUACUACAUAAUGAAUUAGGUCCUGCAUAAUUAAUUGACAUUUAGGCAUGAAUAUUUUGUUUCCAUGUUUUUUAAAUUGUAACUCCAUGAUCAGAAUUUCCACAAAUCUCCUAUAAACUUGAGAAAGUUAAUUACAACUAAAAAUACUUUUACAACCUUC